UUGGUAAGUAGGUAUUUAUAAUGGAAAUAAUUGACCCCAUGAACACUGCCCAUUUGGAUCUAUACCGUAAAUGAGGGCUGCGCUAUACUAUGGAUAGGCGUUUUUUUAUUCGCCUCCUAACGGUUGCGUGGGCGGUGCUAUUGGUUAGUGCCAAUCAUGAUUGCCGUGUGGUUCACUUAAAAAGCAAGGAUCAUCACCCAGACAGAAAACACAUCAGUGAAGGCCAUAUAGUCAGUGUCAAACUCUUGAGCGAGGACUAUGGCUCUCAAGGCUGCAAGAAAAACUCAGAUUACGGCUACAGCGGUGACGUGGUCUAUGCCAAGCACGGUUGUAAGGGAAGCUUCAAGGUCUGCACUGAUGGAGAUCACUAUGAUGCCAGUUAUGGACACGACGUUAAAAACGGUUAUAACCAGUAUAAGCCAAAGGGAUAUCAUAAACCUGUACCCUAUUACAAGCCAAAGUCUUACUAUAAACCGAAUUCCUAUUAUAAGCCCAAGUCCUACUAUAAACCAAAAUCUUACUAUAAACCAAAAUCUUACUAUAAACCAAAAUCUUACUAUAAACCUAAAUCUUACUAUAAACCAAAAUCUUACUAUAAACCAAAAUCUUACUAUAAACCUAAAUCUUACUAUAAACCAAAAUCUUACUAUAAACCUAAAUCCUAUUACAAACCUAAAACCUAUUACAAACCUAAAACCUACUACAAACCCCAAACCUAUUACAAACCCCAAGCCUAUUAUAAGCCCCAAUCCUACAACAAACCCAAAACCUAUUAUAAACCCCAAACCCAUUAUAAGCCCCAAACCUAUUACAAGCCCCAAACCUACUAUAAACCCCAAACCCAUUAUAAGCCCCAAACCUAUUACAAACCCCAAACCUACUAUAAACCCAAAACUUACUAUAAACCCAAAACUUACUAUAAACCCAAAACCUACUACAAGCCUGUAGCACAUCAUGCACCGUCCCACUAUGCGCCAAAGGUCUACCAUAAACCUAGUUAUCAUGCUCCAAAGCCUCACUAUCAACCACACAGGGAUCAUUAUGCCCCCAGUCACCAUGGACCUUAUGAUUCUCACAAACCCUACGGACAUAAUCCUCACAAGCCCUAUGGACAUGAUCCUCACAAGCCCUAUGGACAUGAUCCUCACAAGCCCUAUGGACAUAAUCCUCACAAGCCCUAUGGACAUGAUCCCCACAAGCCCUAUGGACAUGGUCCUAAAUACUCCCCUGUGUACGGCAGAAAACGCAGAGACACCGAGUACGCUCCUCAAGGCAAAGACGAGCACGAAGAAGAAAAGUAUCACCAUAACGAGGCUAAGGAGGAGCCUCAGAACUACCAGCCCCAUUAUCAACCAGCCAAAUACGACAAUGAAUACGCCCCUUACAAAUCAGAUUAUAAACCUCCCGAGAAAGACGCCUACCAGCCCCAGAAAGCCUAUUACAAACAUCAGAAAAAGAGGCGUAACAAAUACAGAAAGAAAAACAGGUACAAUAAAAACAAGCGUCAAAAAUAUUACAAACCCCAGAAAAAAUAUUAUCAAUCUAACUACAAGCCACAGAAAGAUGAUUACAAACCUUCAGAAACCUAUUAUAAGCCUCAAAAAGAUGAGUACAAGCCCAAAGACACCUACUACAAACCACCUAAAGAUGAUUACAAACCUCCAAAAGAGGAUUAUAAACCUCCAGACACCUACUACAAACCUCCAAAAGAUGAUUAUAAACCUCCAGACACCUAUUACAAACCUCCAAAAGAUGAUUAUAAGCCUCCAGAUACCUAUUACAAACCUCCAAAAGAUGAUUAUAAACCUCCAGACACCUAUUACAAACCUCCAAAAGAUGAUUACAAACCCCCAGACACUUAUUAUAAGCCCCCAAAAGAUGAUUACAAACCCCCAGACACUUAUUAUCAUCCGCCCAAAGAUGAUUACAAACCAAAAGACUCAUACUAUAAACCACCAAAGGAUGACUACAAACCUCCACAAACCUACUAUAAACCUCAACAUAAAUCUUAUUAUAAGCCUCCUCAGGAGACCUACGAAAGUCACGAAGAAUCGUACGAACACCAAGCCAACGACGAUUAUAAGCCGAGUAAAACCUAUUAUCAACCAAAGAAAUAUUCCUACCGCCCAGCUAAGGAUGAGGUUUAUAGCCGAAAACGCAGAGACACCGAGUACGCUCCUCAAGGCAAAGACGAGCACGAAGAAGAAAAAUAUCACCACAACGAGGCUAAGGAGGAGCCCCAGAACUACCAGCCCCAGUAUCAACCAGCCAAAUACGACAAUGAAUACGCCCCUUACAAAUCAGAUUAUAAACCUCCCGAGAAAGACGCCUACCAGCCCCAGAAAGCCUAUUACAAACAUCAGAAAAAGAGGCGUAACAAAUACAGAAAAAAAAACAGGUACAAUAAAAACAAGCGUCAAAAAUAUUACAAACCCCAGAAAAAAUAUUAUCAAUCUAACUACAAGCCACAGAAAGAUGAUUACAAACCUCAAGAAACCUAUUAUAAGCCUCAAAAAGAUGAGUACAAGCCCAAAGACACCUAUUACAAACCACCUAAAGAUGAUUACAAACCUCCAAAAGAGGAUUAUAAACCUCCAGACACCUACUACAAACCUCCAAAAGAUGAUUAUAAACCUCCAAAAGAUGAUUAUAAACCUCCAGACACCUAUUACGAACCCCCAAAAGAUGAUUAUAAACCUCCAGACACCUAUUACAAACCCCCAAAAGAUGAUUAUAAACCUCCAGAUACCUACUACAAACCUCCAAAAGAUGAUUAUAAGCUACCAGACACUUAUUAUAAGCCGUCAAAAGAUGAUUACAAACCAAAAGACUCGUACUAUAAACCACCAAAGGAUGACUACAAACCUCCACAAACCUACUAUAAACCUCAACAUAAAUCUUAUUAUAAGCCUCCUCAGGAGACCUACGAAAGUCACGAAGAAUCGUAUGAACACCCAGGCAAAGACGACUAUAAGCCGAGUAAAACUUAUUAUCAACCAAAGAAAUAUUCCUACCGCCCAGCUAAGGAUGAGGUUUAUAGCCGAAAACGCCGAGACGCGCCAGAAGAGAGCUAUGAGGAAUAUGGCCACGGUAAGCAAAGCUACGAUCAUCAGCCUCAGUAUGAUAAGCACAGUGACGAUGAGUCGCAAUAUAAGCCCCCUGCUUACAAAAAGCCGGAAAAGUCCGAGUAUGGUGACCAUAAAAAGGAUCAGUAUAAUCCCUCUUAUAAUUCUUAUAAGCAGCAUGAGCCUGAGUAUAAGCCCCAAAAGUCACACUACAAGCCCGCGAAAUCUAAUUAUAAGCCUCAGAAACACAGCUAUCAGCCUGCUAAGUCCUACUACAAACCUCAGAGAUCGUACUAUAAACCGUACAAUACCUACAAAGCACACAAGAAAGUGCAGUACAAACCAAAGUAUCGCCCUCAGUACAAGCCGUCAUACAAGCCCAAAGGCUACAACAAUCAAUACCGGCCAUAUAAAGACAAAAAAUAUAAUCGAAAAUACAGACUGAGGCACAAGAGAAGAAAGCAUUACGGCGGCCACAAGAAGAAAUAUCACAAGCAUCACUCUCAGGGCACCUAUGGUCAAGACGGCCCUUAUCUUCCUGCGGCGAACUAUGACCAGUCCUACCAAAAAGAGGCUGAAAAGGACUACGCCCCUGCGUAUAGCUACGAAGACUACGGCAAGCAAGAUGACGAUAAGUACGAUGAUAAAUAUGAAUAUCAACCUAAAGAUGAUGACGAUGAUGAUGACAAAGAUGACAAGAAACAUAAAGAUGAAUACAGUUGAAGUGUUCGUAAGAUGAACGUAACAUAAAUGUUGUUGAAUGUCAUGGUCAAGAUCAGAGUGAGAGAAGAUUUGUCAAAGUUUAAAGAC